ACCCCUGCGUCCUACAGCACCAGAGUAGAGGAAAGGCGCGCUCGGCAGUGGUGGGAGCAACAGCGGCACCAGCUGGACCGAGGCCGGGUGGCGCAAGACUGACGUGCGAAGGAGCGCGAGCGAGGCGUGAGGGCGGUGUCUGAGCCCGGGAAGACCCCAUUGAGCGCGAACCGCGGCGGACCAGACCCAGGUCCGGGCUGCUGAGACUCCGCCUCUCGGGCCUUGGGACUAAUCGGAUUGAGAGCGCGCGGGCCCGAGCCGCGAACUAGCCAAUUGUGGAGGGCGUCGGUCACAGCCCAAUCCGGAGCAGACAGGUGCGAGGUCCGGAAGGCGGAGACCAAUCAACAACGGUUGCGGCCUGUUGGGGCCGGCCUCGGCCAAUGAGGAGGCUCGAGUGACAUCUUCGUCUACCAAUCGAGAGUGAGAGAGCUGUGGUGCCCGCCCGCCCUUCCGGCCUGAGCUCUAUUUACCAGGGGCGUGCAGCCGGUUUGCCAAUCAGAGUGCGGCUGAGCGGCCAAGCAGCCAACCCCGGAGGAGCCGCCGGCCGGCGUCCGCCGCACCCAGGAGUUGGGGAUGUCCUACAAACCUAUCGCCCCCGCCCCCAGCAGCACUCCCGGCUCUAGCACCCCUGGGCCCGGCACCCCGGUCCCUACAGGUGAGGAUCCACCUCCACCCCUGCUCGUCUGCCCAGGUGGUCGAGGUCUGGAAGAGAAGACGGCCUGAGUUCUGCCAUACUGGGCCUGCUGCCUACCUCGCUGAGCCUCAGUUUGCUGUCCUGUGAAGUGGGCGUGGUCACCCGGAAGUGUCCCAUCGCCGUCGGGCUCGGUACCGGGAGCCGCCGCCCCUUUCAGACCACUGUUUAACGACUUUGGACCGCCCUCCAUGGGCUAUGUGCAGGCAAUGAAGCCACCCGGCGCCCAGGGCUCCCAGAGCACCUACACGGACCUGCUGUCGGUCAUAGAGGAAAUGGGCAAAGAGAUCCGCCCCACCUAUGCUGGCAGCAAGAGCGCCAUGGAACGCCUGAAGAGAGGCAUCAUCCAUGCCCGGGCCCUAGUCAGAGAGUGCCUGGCAGAGACAGAGAGGAACGCCCGCACGUAACAGAACGUGCCUCCGCCUCGGCGUCUGGACCUUUCCCGGCCACUGCAGAACACCCGCUUCUCCCUGGCCUUCACCCCAAGUUGCACUUCCCGUCCUGGGCUUCCUGUCCUGUGUCCCUUGGUGGGUGCCCUCCAAGAACCAGGGGGCGACUCUCACUCCAGUCGGCAGCACUGGGACCCCUGCAAGAGUUAGCAGUGAGGUCGCUGUGCGUCCCACCCAUGACCUGCCAAUAGUGUUGAUCCAACUGGAGCUUUCUCCCUUCUGUGGCCCCACCACUCAGCACUAACCCAGGACUUCUCAUCACUUUUUCCAAGACCUCCUUGUCCCCCAACAGGGCCUUGAAGGCCUGUCACCUCCCUGCCUUGUCUUCUGGGCCAUAGCGACUCUUUUCUGUGUGUCUUUUGCUAAAUAUGCCAUUUUUGUAUAAAUAAAAGAUAAUUUGGA